ACGCGCUGAUUGGAGGACAGCAGUUUGUGCGCUAUUAUAAGCGUACUGAGCCAGCGCAGGAAGGACAGUCUAUUAGAAGUUGCUGAGACGUGACAGUAUACGCAACAACUCGCGGCGGAUGGUUUACAAUGAAUUCUCCCAAGGGACCCGUUGCGUCUGAAACGACAGCUCACGAAAAAUCGGACUCGGAGAGCGAGGAAAGCCACAAGCCGAAAGAUAUGACCGCUGACAUGGGACAUAAAGUGAAGAAGAACCACCUUCCGUUUAGCGUUGAAUCGCUGAUGGCGAAAUCAAGCUGUCAGGUGACGUGCUCUCCGGUUCUCCCGCAGCCUUUCCCGCUGGGACAGCAGGACUUUGUUAGGACUUACUUUGUGGACAAAACUAAAGUUUCUGUGGACAGUUUGUCAACGCUUUCGGACAGCCUAAACGACGAAAGUGAAGAAUUAAGCGAUAAGGAGCAGAGCACUUGGUUGAACUCAUCUUUCACAUCUCAUCCUCGUCACUCGAGCUCACUGUCGUGCCCCUUACGCAAGCACAAGACGAACAGAAAGCCGCGCACACCCUUCAGCACCUCGCAGCUGCUCUCACUGGAGCGCAAGUUCCGGCAGAAACAGUACCUCUCCAUCGCCGAACGGGCCGAGUUCUCCAACUCCCUUAACCUCACCGAGACUCAGGUCAAGAUCUGGUUCCAGAACAGGAGGGCGAAGGCCAAGAGACUUCAGGAGGCCGAGCUGGAAAAGUUCAAAUGUGCCUCCAAACCGAUUCUGGCACCGUUCGCGCUGCCCUUUCCUUUGGGAUCUCCAUCAUCUCUGUACGGACCUCCAGCCUCUUUCCCACGGGCCGUGCCGAUGCCAGGACUAUUUAACGGGCCUGUGUCUUAUGGGAUGUAUUAUUUGUCUUAAAAACUUUUAUCUGAUGGCUUCUUCCAAACUCUGAAAGUGUUUUUUAAAAAAAAGAUUUUAAAUAAUGUCCGCCACGCGCACAGAAAUAAUAUUGAAAAGGUUUCCAAAAAAAUCUAAGUUUCUUUUUUUUUUUUUUAAUCAUUAACCACAUUGUUCUUGUUAUCUCUAUGAUUACAUAAUUAGUAUGAUUGCGUUAAACUAAUGAACAACAUGCAGGCCUACUUACUAUGUAAUUACAUAGUUAUAUGCAAUUACAAGAGUAAUUAAUUAAUUAUAGUAGCUACCAUGGAAUAUGUGGUGCAUUCCGUUAUUAUUGAAUCCCUAAAUUCACACGCAGUCAUCCCUCAAAUAACGGAAUGAAUGGAAGCAAGCUCUUGUAUUAUAUUUCAGUGUUUUAUUCUCUGUUGUAUAUUGACGUGCUCUUGUAGAGCACGUAAAUGUGUUUUAAUACUGUUUUAAGAUCAUUUUAAACUGAGCGUCAUUUGACGAUAAGUACUUUUUGGCCUUAUGUUGGAAGUGCCUUGAGAGACCAAAUAUUUAUUAGUCAAAAAUAAAAAAAUUAUUCUUUCCUAAAUUUAAACUUUUGUGCUUUUUGUAUAUUUUUUUUUUUUUCAGUAUUUUUUGCCGCAAAGAAUUUUAUAUAUAUAUAUAUAAUAAACUUGCACCGUUUCCCACCCAUAAAAGCUUCUUUAGACCUUAUUGAAUUAAAUAAAACACCAAGAAAAUCUAAACAAUACAAUGGUUAGAAAAGAGAGAAAAAAUCAGACAAACCAGAUACGUUCAAUAAACGUUUAAUUAGCGCUUCAAUAAAAACAUCUCUAAGAGGCGUGAAAGUGCCCAACAUCUCACAAGAACACAAAUGUAUCUUCAAGAACAAUCAAUAAAAUAUAAAUAAGACCGAAAAAAUAUACGGCCUACUUUGCUAUUUGUUUGCACGAUAUGUGCUGGGACGUCUCAGUGUGGGAUGUUAAGGCUCCGUUUUACUUGAGAGACACCUGCACAUUUGAAUAAUAUAAUAGCCUUCUUGGUUUUUAUGUAUUGUUUGAAAUAGCGGGUUCCUAUUGGACGGGUUGGAUUGUGGCGGGCUCCAAAAAGGGGUUAAGAAUAACUAAUAACGUGGUGGAGCAUCAAUUAUGGAGAAAACCUCUAUUAUUAUAACGACCUUCCUAAUCUUUGUCUAUUUCUGUCCAGUGGAGGGAGACAUCGUCUUUUACCAGCAAUACAGUGUAUUUGAGCAAUAGCAGUUAUCACCAUAGAUAAAAGUGUUUUGAUUUGAUUUCCUCCCAAAGCACUAAACCGCAGCAAAGAAUGCACAGUCUGUCCAUGAGAUCAUAAUGUCUAAAGUUUGAUUUUGAUGCAAUUUGAGCUAAUAUAUUUUUUUUUUAAAUGUUCCAAAUGUAUGUAGCUAAUGAAAAUUCCAAAAAUAAUCACAUUUAUUUGGAGCCAAAAUACUUAGUUGUCAUUUUUGGGGGUAAAAAUUUGGAGUAAUUUUUCAAAGUGGGCUCGUAUUGACUGGUCCAAUCACAAUGGAGAUGGGUUUAUAGAAUACUUGAGAUGUUCUGAAAUGCCAAAUAUGACUGAAAUGAACAGAAAAUGGUGCAAUCUUUUCACCAUGAGUGGUUAUUUUGAUUAAGCAUUAUCUUAAUUUGUUACUCGAAAAAGCAUCUUGCUUUUUUGUCUAAGUUGACAAUUUUUGCCCUAUAAUUAUUGUCCCAUAUCUGUACAAUAACACUAUAACCGUACUGGGUGCCAAAAAGCUCCUUU